AUGGAAAGAAAGAGGAAUUUCUGGCUGAAGAGCAAAGCGACUCCUAAUUCUACAGAGAAUGAUGCUCUUGUCACUGACCACCUCAUCCACCACGAGCUCAGACUAAAACGCUGCAGUGAUAAUUUUGGAGCGUUAGGGGUUGUGUUUAUUCCCUGGAAUCUGGCAAUUCCUGAUUCCCUGGAAUCUGGAAUCUGGGGGAGAUUGGGGCUGGCUGGGAGUUGCUGCAUCCGCCUGGAUGUGCAGGGCUUUGCACGGAGGAUGUUCAGCAUCCCUAACCGGAUUUGGGGAUUUGCACGGGGUGGGGACGGAGGCAGAAAUCAGCUCCUGGGAUUGGAUCUCCAUCCAGGAGUGAUGGCUCUGAGUGCUCUCAGCAUCUCCGCAGCAGGGAGCAGGAGCUUGUGCAGGAAUGGAGCGCCCUGGAUUUGGCAGCUCCUGGGAGGAUGUGCCAGGGAUGUGUGGGAGUGCUGGAGCCUUGUCGCAGGGCUCACUGCCAUUGUCUGCCUGCUGCACUCCCCUAAGUUGAAAGUCUUAAGCAGUUCUCAGAUUCAAACAAUGGUCACUGCUGCUUUUUAUGUGAACAAUGACCUGAUUAUGAUUUCAUGAUUUGUUUACUGUAAGCUCAGGAAUCAGAAGGAAUUCCCCAGCAGUUCCUCCACUGCCACCCUCAGCACUGCCACAGUGAGCAGGGGUGGGCACAGAGCCCAGAAAAAAAGAGGUGGAACUUCCACUGCUGCCAAGAAAAAGAGACAUGAAAUUCUACCUUUGCAUUUGCAUAUUUGUACUGCAAACAAAAGUGACCUCAAAUCAACAGCAGAUGUUAUUUUUCAGCUAAUUUGUUUGUGUGUCAUUCCAGGCAGUCCCAGCCUAAGGAAUUUGGGCACAGUCUGGAUUGUGGGGUGUGGAGCUCUGAGUGUCACUGCCCCCUGUCAGCUGCUCCUCAGGGAUCAACAGCACAAUCCAGAAAUCCCAAGGUAUAAUGUCAAUUCUUACCUUUUUUCCCAUCCUGGCACCAGUUUUGAUCUGCAUUGUUGUGAGAUGAAGUUUAAGCCCUUCCUCACCCUCUCUGGCCAUCUGAAGGGCAGCACUGCAUUGCCUCAAAGGAAUUCUGUCCACAACCCCAGCCCCUGGACUCUCAGUUUAAUCCUCUGCAAAGCCUCAGAGUGUUCUUGCCAAAAUCCAUGUGCUUUUCUUUUCCAGAACUCUCCUGAUCUGAUUGAAAUGCCAGGCUUCGUUUGUGCCUGCCUGCUCCUGGGCAGCAGAUUCCCUCAGCUCCAUAAAAACCUGAGUGGGUUUUUUUUGGGAGUAUGCACGGAAGGCACCUUUUGCCUGCUCUUUGCCUUGGCCAUGUUGGGAAACUGCACCCGUGGACUGAGACUUGUUCUAAAGGUGCCAAAACCCAAAUCCUCCCAGGUCCUCUGCUUUGUUCACCACCUUCCCUGGCUCACUUGGAGCUUUGGAGUUUUGUUCCUUGACAUUUUUGUAUCAUUUUCCUGUCACAGCUAA